AUGGUUGAUGAUGUCAAUAAGAACGACGGCAAUGCAUGUUGUUGUAUCCGUGUUCUUGGUUUGAUUGGUGGCUUUUUUAUUAUGAUUAUCGAUAUAUUUUGUUGCAAUGGUUGUAAUUUUGAUCCUGACAAUGGUGGUGGUUGUUGUGCUCGAUGUGGCAAUUUUUGUCGUAAUACUAUUGGGCGUUGCUGUUGCCAACCACAUCGUAAUGAAAACCACCAGGUAUGUUUUGUUAAUAUAGUGUUUCAAUGUUAA